AUGGACUUGUUCAGCAAGGGGUACAAGUUUCUCUCCGAGCUUGAUGAUCCGAAGGCAGAAGGGCCGGCUCUGGACCUGGAGUCCUCACUGGACGGGGUGGCAGAGAAGUGGUUGGGAUGGGCACGAGGAGCAGAGCCCACUACUCAGGGAUCUUCGAAUGCGGAGGGCCAGCGCCGGCGUCUCUUCAGCGAGGACAGCGUGGAUGGCGAGGGUGGACAAGCACCACGGGAGCUCCAGACCGUGCAUGCGUUAGAACAAGGUGCUGGGGGUGCUACGGAGGCAUCAGCCGACCGCGUUGUGCAGGAGGAGCCGGCAGACCAUGCGGUUAUUCCUGCACGUCCCACCUCCGAAUUGGCUGCGCCUGCCGGCGUCAGCGAGGAAACCUUUCAAGGGAAUCCCUUCGAUGGGAACCCCUUCGCCGAACCGGGGGAAGUGCAGCAGUCUGUUGAGCCCGCGGAGCCCGCGGAGCCGGCGAAGGAGCCUGAGGAGGCCGCCACGUCCGCUCAGGAGCCUGCGUGGUCCGCCGACCCAACGCCCGACUUGAGCAGAGAAAGCCGCGAGUUCGAGGAGAGCUCGCAGGCAGAGCCGGCAGAGCCCUCGGCCUCUCCCUACGUAGAGGCCGCCCAGGCCGAGGCAGCGGCAGCCGAACCCCAGCCAUCCGGAGCGGAAUCGGCCAACGUUCCAGAAGCGAGCGAGGUCCCGGUGGAAGCCGGAGGGCAGGAACAGCUCGGUGAGGAAGGGAUCGGUGCAGAUUCCUCACCAGAAGCCGUCACGGAGGGCGACGGAUUGGCGCAGCAUCCGGGCCCGCAGUGCGAGCAUGACACUGCCACAUCAACGGCCAGCAGGGAGGGUGCUCCGACCGAGCAGGCUGAGGCAGUGGUGGCAG